AUGUUUGACAUAUUCGCCCACCUCUUAUCCUCCAUCGCCUCCUUCCUCUUUCCCCUCUUCGCCUCCUACAAGGCCCUCAAGACCUCAGACCCGGCCCAACUGACGCCAUGGCUCAUGUACUGGGUCGUCCUCGCCUGCGCACUCCUCGUCGAGUCCUGGACUGAAUGGAUUCUCGUCUGGAUCCCCUUCUAUGCCUAUAUUCGCUUCCUCUUCCUCCUCUAUCUCGUCCUCCCCCAGACCCAAGGCGCUCGCAUCAUCUACCAAACCCACGUCCACCCCUUCCUGCACGACAACGAGGCGCAGAUUGAAGAAUUCAUCUCAGAAGCCCACGAUCGCCUCAAGGCCGCCGGCAUUGCCUACCUCAAACGCGCCAUCGAGCUCAUCAAGACAAACGUCCUCGGCCUGCCCCCAGGCGACCCCGAACCCGCGCCCCAGUCCUCCGCUGCCGCUGCUCCAGCCGGCCACCCGCCGCAGUCCUACACCCAGUCGCUCCUCGCCAGGUUUAGUGUCCCCGCCGCGCGCUGGGCCCCCGCCACCGCAGGCCAUACGGGCGCCGACUUCUACAACCUGCUCGCGGGCGCCGUCUCCGCCGCCACGGGUGGAGGACAGCACCAGGACCUCUCCAAAUCCGGCUCCUCGCUCGUUCCACCGAACCUCAAGGGCGGCGAGAGGACGAGCUUCAUCGCCGCGCAGCGCGAGCGCCUCGCCUUCCUCCUCAAGGCCCUAGAGCGUGAGGAGGCCGCGACGACGUCCGCUGCGCAUCCCGAAACCUUUAGCCGCUCUUUGGGUAGCAUGCAGCUCGACGGCAGCGAGGAGGAGGAAGUGACGCAGAGACCGCCGAGCGCGAACAGCGGGCUGAGCAAGUCGCGGAGCGAAACUGACUUUGAAAAGAUUGACGCCGAGAGCGGAGCGGAGGACUUGGGCGGCGACGACGAGGAUGGAUCCGUCAGGCGGAGGCAGACGAGCGGAGGAUCGUCGUGGAUGCCGUGGGGAUGGGGUGCGACGCCCACGGCUGAGAAUCCCGAGGGUGGAUCCAGCUCGGGUGUGCACAAGUGA